AUGGCACAGUCUGACAUCCAUUUAGUACGUCCUGCUAAUGAAGACGGAAAUCAUACACCAAAACAUUUUAUCAUUUGGCUAGAUAAACAUAUUGGAAAACCUGACGAAUGUAUCCUGUUAAAAUGUUCCUUUUUCAUGGCAAUAAAUCCGACCAGUGGCUUGUAUGAGAGAAGUCUUAACCCAGAUGAUAUUGACCGUAGUAUUCGUCUAGAAAUGAGCCUUAUCGUGCGACUUGAUGAAGUUGAAUUCAUGUUUCAAGCUUUCGAAGAUGUUGAAAAAUGUUUUCAUACCAUCGAAAAAAAUCGUAAUAAAUGUAUAUUUUUUAUUAGUUCAGGUUCAAAAGGAAGACUUAUUGUACCAAGUGUCGUCGCAAAUUUUCCGGACACUUUUGUAGUAGAACAUUGGAUGUAUAUCUUUUGCGCCAAUAUGAACAUGACACAAGUUAAGGAUGCUGAUCCACCAACUAAUACUUGGGCACUCCAAUACAUAGACCAUGUUUUAAUGUUUGAUCAUCAAGAUGAUCUACUGGCUCGUCUGCUACUGGAUAUUGGUCGUUAUUUUUUUAGCGAGGCAAAACGUCUAGAUAAUAAAGAACAGCUUCAUAGUGCUUAUCAGCACUGUAAAUGGUCGAAAAUUAUGUAUGAACGAUAUGAAAAGACGGAGAAAAGAACGAAAGGUGCUGAAAUCGCAGCAAUCAAUCAGUAUAUGACGAAUAUCGAAGAACGUCUUAAUUCUAGGAAUGAUGAUGAUGACGCUGUGGGCCAAUCACCUGAUUGA